AUGGAUAGGGCUUGGAUGCAUAUUGAAGAUAGGAUGCGUUCCAACGAAUAUGCUGAGGGCGUAAAAAAAUUCAUAGAUAUGGCAAAGGCCCAUGCACCGAGGAGAGACUGCAUUAGGUGUCCAUGUAGGCGAUGCCGAAAUCGAUCUUUCCAUCCUAUCUCUAUGGUUGAAGAUCAUUUGUUCAUUGUCGGGAUAGAUACAUCUUAUACAGAAUGGAUAUUCCAUGGCGAGGAGAAAACUGUGCAAUACACCACAUUGUCGGAUGAAGAGGGUAUUGAUGACUAUUCCUACAAUGACUACAUUGAUGAUGUCGAUGAGAUGUUAGAUGACAUCCGUGUUGGAUCCUUCAUGGACAAUUCCUCUAGUCCAGAAGGAAUUGCAGACCGAGUUCCCCAAGGACACACCGCUCAUACUCCAAUACCCCCUAACUUCGAUGAGUUGCUAGAUGAUGCCAAAAUGCCACUCUAUCCAAAUUGUUCUAAGUUCUCAAAGCUAUCAUUCAUAGUCAAGUUGCUUCAUAUAAAGACUGUUGGUGGUUGGACUGUGAAGUCGUUUGACAUGGUUAUCAAGUUGAUGCAAGCUGCAUUUCCUCAAGCACAUUUCCCUGCCUCAUAUAACGAGGCUCGCCAAUUACAACGUGGUUUGGGCUUUAGUUACAAAAAGAUACAUGUAUGUCCAAAUGAUUGUGCCUUAUUUUGGAAAGAGAAUGCUAAGAAGGAUGAGUGCCCUAAAUGUAAUGCAUCUAGGUGGGCCUCAAGCACAUCUACCCAACAUAGGUUACCCAAAAAAGUCCUCCGAUAUUUCCCUUUGAAGCCGCGGUUGCAACGAUUGUUUGUGUCAAAGAAGACUGCCCAAGUCAUGAGGUGGCAUAAAACAGAGCGUGUUGAUGAUACCACCCACAUGAGACAUCCGGCAGAUUUACAGGUCUGGAAAGACUUUGAGAGGAAGCAUGCCUCAUUUGCUGAAGAUCCUCGUAAUGUCAGACUUGGUUUAGCGAGUGAUGGGUUCAACCCAUUCAAUAACAUGAGCAAGCCGUAUAGUAUUUGGCCGGUGCUACUUGUGCCUUACAACUUGCCUCCUUGGUUAUGCAUGAAAGAUCCGUACUUGAUGAUGUCUUUGUUAAUCCCUGGACUAAAGGCACCGAGAAAUGAUAUUGACGUGUUCAUGCAUCCACUAAUAGAUGAGUUGAUAGAAUUAUGGGAAGAGGGAGUUCGUACAUAUGAUGCAUACAAACGAGAAUUCUUUGUAUUGAGGGCGGCAUUGCUCUGGACUAUUAAUGACUUCCCUACAUAUGCUAAUCUCUCCGGCUGGAGCACAAAGGGUAAGAUGGCCUGCCUUACUUGUAAUGCUGAAACAGAUUCAUUGUGGUUGGUUCAUGGACGAAAACACUGUUAUAUGGGCCAUCGUCGUUGGUUGGAGUUUGGUAAAUCUACUUCAAAGAAGAGGAAACGUUUGCCCAAUGAACUUAAUUGGACAAAAAGAAGUAUCUUUUUUGAGCUUCCAUACUGGUUAGACUUGGGAUUAAGACAUAACUGGGACGUCAUGCACAUUGAGAAAAACAUUUGUGAUAAUGUGUUGGGAACUUUGAUGGAUAUUGAUGGCAAAAGUAAGGACACUGCCAAUGCGCGUAGGGAUUUGGAACAUCUUGGACUAAGGAAAGAGUUACAUCUACAACAUGAUGGUGAUCAUACUUCUAUGCAGUGUGCAUGUUACGUGUUAAAUGCAACUGAGCGAAGGAGUCUUUGUGCUCGGUUGGCAGACGUCAAAUUCCCUGAUGGUUUUGCCUCAAAUAUUGCUCUGUGUGUCAACGUUAGUGAUGGGAAAAUAAUGGGAAUGAAGAGCCAUGAUUGUCAUAUCUUCAUGCAAUACUUGUUGUCGGUUGUAAUUAGUGGGUUCCUACCUGCUAAUGUGCGUCGAGCCCUAAUAGAGUUGUGCUUGUUUUUCAAAGAAUUAUGUUCUCAAACACUAGAUAAAACAAUGUUGAAACGGCUUCAAAAAAAUAUCCCCAUCAUUCUCUGCAAACUGGAAAUGAUAUUCCCACAUGCAUUUUUCGAUAUCGUGGUGCACCUUGCUAUUCAUCUACCAGACGAAGCAUUGCUAGCAGGACCUGUUCAGUAUAGGUGGAUGUACCCCUUUGAGAGGUAUAUGGGUAAGUUCAAGAGGUACGUUCGCAAUAGAGCCCGUCCAGAAGGAUCCAUUGCUGAAGCAUAUGUUCACGUAGAGUGCUUGACAUUUUGCUCUAUGUACCUUAAUGAUAUUGAGACUAGACAUAACCGAGAGGAAAGGAACAUUGAUGUUGGUUUAUGCUCCCAACAGCCAAGUUUAUCUGUUUUCCCCCAAAAGGUUCGCCCAUUAGGUGGGGCAAAAAUAUCUGUAUUACCUGAUACCGUGUUGUCCAAGGCUGAGUGUGACCAUUAUAACAAGAUGAAGGAAGAGGGCUUGAGUAACUUCGAGCAUAGGCACCAAAGUCAAUUCCUAUCAUGGUUCAGAGCACACAUUGCGGAGUUGCAUGCAAUGACUCCUCCCGAGGUGACAGAUGACAUAUAUGCAUUAGCAUGUGGACCAGAUCCACUAGUCGCAUCGUACCAUGGCUGUAUCAUGAAUGGAAUUCGGUUUCACACGAAGAACCUCGAAACGCGUCGACUCACCCAAAACAGUGGGGUUAUUGUUUAUGGCAACCAUCAAGGUAACCCUGUUGACUACUACGGCCAGUUGACGGAGGUCAUAGAAUUACGCUACAUGGGUUGGCGUAAGUGCUUCUUGUUCAAAUGUGAUUGGUGGGACAUUGGCGACAAGAGAAGAGGGAUACAAGUUGGGGAUCAUUUCACAAGUGUCAAUACUUCGAGGCAAUGGUAUAAAGAUGAGCCUUUCGCCCUAGCCUCCCAAGCAUUGCAAGUGUUUUACAUUAAGGACCCAACUUUGGGGGGAAAAGACGAUAGUGACACUGAUGUUAGGAACUAUGGUCCUGUUGAUGAAAAUGAUGGAUUUCUCAAUCCAUUGACCCGGGUCGGGGAAGAGCAAUUACCAGUUGAUCCAUCAACCAAAUCUAGAUCACAAUUAUCCUCAGGAAGUGAUGAUGAGGACACUGAUAAUGAUGACGUGCAAAACAAUGAUUUUUUUGGAUGGAGAACAUAG